AUGGCAGGACUUUUCCGCUUACUCAAAAUGCAAUAUACACCCCCAACAGACCCUCUCACCUCUUUCGCCGGCAAGACGGUGUUGUUGACGGGCGCGACCUCGGGUCUGGGGUAUGAAGCUGCCAUCAAGCUGCUCAAUCUCGGCGUGGACUCCCUGAUCAUCGGCAGCCGUAGCUUAGAACGCGGCAACAGAGUAAAGCUCGAGCUUGAGAAGUGCACCAAUCGCCCCGGCACCAUUCAAAUCUGGGAGCUCGAGAUGAACAGCUUCCAAAGCGUGAAAAGCUUUGCCAAUCGCGCAAACAGCGAGCUCAAGCGUUUGGAUGUUGCGUUGCUGAAUGCCGGGCUAUGGAAUCGCGAAUACCUCCAAUCACCCGAGAAGUGGGAAGAGACUCUACAUGUGAACACGUUAUCAACGUCGUUACUGGCGCUCCUGCUUCUCCCAAAGUUGAGAGCGAGCUCCUUCGAGACUGAGCCAACACAUCUUGGUGUGGUGUCUAGUCAACAAUUUGUGCGCGUGAAAGCCGAGAGUCUUCGGGCGGAUGGACCACUACUGGAGCAUCUGAAUUCUCCAGAGCAGUUUCAAGGGCCGAAACAAUAUGGAAUUUCGAAAUUGCUUCUGGAGUAUGUAAUGAAGAAUGUUGCCAAUCUUAUUCGCAAUGAUGACGGGACAUUGCCCGUCAUAGUCAAUACCAUUAGCCCUGGGCUUUGCCGGUCGUCUCUCGGGCGACAAUAUGACCGGUUCUACGAGCGAUGGCUUGUCUGGAUCAUGUACAAGCUUUUUGCACGGACGACCGAACAGGGCAGUCGCUUGCUGGUGACUGGAGUGCUCCAAGGUGCAGAGGCGCAGGGCAAAUGUUGGCGAAACGAUGGGUAUCUGGAUGAAUCCAAGGCUCUCACAACUGGAACUAAAGGGAAAGAAUUCCAAGAAAAGGCGUGGGAGGAGAUUUUAUCUAUUCUGGAGCAACAGGCAGCAGAAGUACGGACGAUUAUCCAGCAAUCUUAG